AUGAAGACGGAAUUGGCCUUCGCCGCGAUGCAAUACCUUCCAAUGCCAGUGAUGGUGCUCUCCUCCACAAAGAACGUCAUCAUGGCCAACGAAGCGAUGGGCAGACUGCUGGGCAUCGAUCCGGAGUACGAAGACGAAACGACCGAGACCGAUUUGCUCGGCCAGCUGGACGGUCGAGAAGAGAAGAGCGCGACCGAAACACUAUACGGAGCGACAAUGGCGGAACUAGGCGUGGACUUGCUGCAGAACGGCAAUGCAGUAUUCGUAGCUUGGGAGGACUUUCUGGAGACUCUUGUGGACGAUGCAUCUCGAGCGCAAAGUCGCGGCACGAACCUGAACACACAUCACGAAAGACGCCUAGAUCAUGACAGUACACCAACAGGAACGCGCGGACGCUCGACUUCAACCAGCACGAGUCGCUCCAACAAGUUUAGUGACCAGAGAGGGUCCCGUACAGAGGUUCACGAUUCCGUGAUGGAUGUGGUGUUCUCUACACAUCGAGAUCCCAAGACAGGAUUGCCCCUGGCUUCACGAACCGAGAUGUCCGAUCAUGUACAAGCUCGGAUGAUUGUGUCGGUGUGGGCUACUGAAGACAGCCAGUACUUCACAUUGACUUUCACAGCUGCACAGUCCGAUUCGUCGUCGAGCGCCUCGACUUCUACCAAAACCACCAGUCGCACGGUGUCUCGCACGGCAACCUCGUAUUCCAACAGCACCCAUUCUAGCGCCAGUUCUCGGUCUGGAGCGCGGAGAUCCGCGGUACAAAGCCCUCCAGCAGCGAGUUAUACGGCCAGCCCAACGACCAUGCCACGGAUGGAUUUUCCUCCUCGCGGCCCACCUGGCAAAAGCUCUGUCGCGGCACCUUCCAUGUUCAGCAAGACGACUAAGCUGAAGGAAGCUCUGCUGAAUAGCAUGUCCAUACCCGCAUACGCCAUGUGGAAAGACGAAUCCUUUGGCAUUCCCAACAUCGCUGCCGUCAAACUAUUAUAUCCGUGGAUCGAGGACGGCAAAUUCGACUCUAGCGAGCAGGCUCGUGACUUUCUUUCUCACUACGUGCUUUAUCGACCCGACUUCUCGGAAGAAAUACCUCUUGCCGAGUUUCCGAUCAUGCGGCUCAUGAAGGAGCAGCAAGGAUUUGAAGGCUACCGCGUCGGCAUGUACAGCGUCAAAGACGGUAGCCAGGUUCUAUACGACACCAGCGGAGAGCCUCUGCUCGACGAAAAGGGAGAAUUCAUCGGUGGGCUGGUCCUAUUCCACGACGUUACAACUUUUACACGCACGAUCGAUCAACAACAACAGGUGAACGAACGACAGUUUGAGAAUAUUUGCAAUAUGAUUCCCCAGAUGAUCUGGACGACGACUCCAGAGGGAGCGCAUAAUUACUACAGCGACAGAUGGUACAGCUACACAGGGCUGUCUGUAGAGGAGAGCGCAGGCGAGGGAUGGCUGAAUGCAUUUGAUGAUGAUGAUUUGCAGGUCGCGGAGCCCAAGUGGCGACACAGCCUGGCCACGGGAGAUGAAUACCGCACCGAAUACCGCUGUAAAUCAGCCAGCGGAGAAUGGAGAUGGAUGCUGGGAAGUGCAACACCCAUGAAAGACGAGAACGGAGAGAUUUUGCAAUGGUUCGGCACCUGCACCGACAUCCACGAGCAAGUCAUCGCCCGCGAGGAAGCCAAGCAAACCCGCGCCCAGCUCGAGCGAGUCAUGGAACACGGCGAGGUCACGCUCUGGUCCGUCGACCGGGACUUCACAGUCACCUUCUCCGAAGGCCGCUCCAUGCACUCCGCGAGCGACAGGGAAACGCUACCCUCCAACGACCGCUCCCAGGUCGUCAGCCUCAAUAUGUGGAACGUCCUUGCAUCCCAAGGUCGCGCUUCCGAGAGGUCGAAUUUCGAGGGACCGAUGCGGGAGAUCCUGGCGGGUCGGUCGACCAGCGAGACGAUCGAGUCGCAGAUUGCGACUAACAAGCGCUGGUAUCGCACGAGAUUGUAUCCGCUGUUGAGGCAGGAGAGGUUUGGAGGGAUUGAGGGCGAGGCUUUUGUGGACGGUGUGGUAGGUGUGAGUAUGGACGUCACGGAGGUGAGGAAGGCGGCGGAAGAGGUGGCGCAGAGGGAUCGCGAGAAUGCGCAUUUAUUGGCGCAAAGUGUGGCUGCGAAGGAGGCGAGUAAGAUGAAGAGUCAGUUCUUGGCGAAUAUGUCGCAUGAGCAGGUCUCGGCUUUCAUCCGCAACUUUUGGUUCUGUUCAAUGCUGACUCCUUUAUUGAUACGUACGCCGAUCGCUGGGGUUAUAGGCAUGUCCGAAUUAUUGCUGGACGACGACCCGGGAGAGUUGAGCAAAGAGCAAAGAGAAUGCGCCGAAAACAUCCAGCGAAGCGCAAACGGGCUGCUCACGGUUAUCAACGAUAUUCUCGACUUCUCCAAGGUCGAAAGCGGUCGUCUGGACAUUGAGGAAGUGCAGUUCGAUCUAUCGGUUGUCAUUCGUGAUGUCAACAAGAUGCUGAGCUUCGCCGCGGAACGAAAGGGACUCAAAUACGUGGACGAUAUCCAACAGCUCAAGUCAUGGAAAGUCAUGGGCGAUCCUGGACGAUUGCGGCAGGUCAUCACCAACCUCUUGACGAAUGCCAUUAAGUUCACCACCGAGGGCAGUGUCACAAUGAAGGUCAAGACUCUAAAAGAGACUGAUGACAUGGUCCAACUCCAGUUCGAAGUUCAGGACACCGGCAUUGGAAUCGAAGAGGAGGUGCGCCAGAAGUUGUUCAAGCCUUUCUCGCAAGCCGAUAGCUCGACCGCCCGACGCUUUGGCGGGACGGGUCUUGGGCUGACCAUCAGCAAGAACCUCGUCGAACUCAUGCGCGGCACCAUUUCCCUCGAAUCCACUCUAGGCGUCGGUACGACAGCAACGUUUUCCAUACCCUUCCAUAAAGCGCCCUACCAAUCGGACAACUCGCCCCUGGUCGACCUCAACCUCACCACUAUCCCCGACCGCUUGCAAUCUGACCUCUCCGUGUCCCGCCACGGUUCCGAACACAAUAGUGGACCACCUACACCUACCCUACCACGGUCUAACAGCAAUAACCAAACGCACCAACGACAACCAUCCAAUGUCGUGAUCCCCAAGACCUCCGCUCCGUGGUCCAACACUUCCGCUGAGGAUCAGGAAUUAAGCGAUGAAGACCGUAACGCCACCGAAGUCCUUGUGGUAGAAGAUAACCCCAUCAACCAACAAAUCGCCCUUAAAACCAUCAGAAAGCUCGGCUUUCCCGUCCGCGCUGUCUGGAACGGCAAAGAAGCUCUCGACUACCUGGCCUCCCCAUCCUCCUCCCAACCUCGGCCGGACAUCAUCCUCAUGGACGUCCAAAUGCCCAUCAUGGACGGCUACAAGGCGACCUACACUAUCCGCAACUCACCGCUCUUCACCUCCUCUCCUCUUCUGCAAUCCACUCCUAUCGUCGCCAUGACCGCGUCCGCAAUCCAAGGCGACCGGGAAAAAUGCCAAGCCGCAGGAAUGGACGACUACCUCGCCAAGCCCGUCAAGAAACCCCAUCUUGAGAAAAUGCUCGUACGCUGGGCGAUUGAAGGGAGGAAGAAGCGCGCCGAAAUCGCGGCGAACCCCCGUGGCAAGACAUUGGCUGUGCGUCCGCCGAUUGAUCGUGCCAGGAGCUCUUUCGCGAGUGAUGAGCGCAGUGUGGGCAGUUUGCAGACGCCACAGGAGCAGAUUGAAGGACAGCUGGAACGCAUGGAGUAUGCGCACCGAGCGGCGUUUGAGCAGAGCGCUGAGUCGGAAGGCGAUCGAGGAUUGAGACAGCUACGCGCUGAAGAACAAGCUAUUGCUUUACGGGAUCACGAACUGAUUGAAGCCGGCGAAGAUCCGAAGACCAAAGUAGGGAGGAACGUUGGCGAAGACGAUGAACGACUCGAAAGCGAGGGAAAGGGCGAGGCUCUGACGACGGAGAAUAUGCAUAAAUUUGCGCGGGACGCGAGGCUGAGCAAACUAAUAGAUGGUGCUGCGGAUGCAGAUGGAGAUGCGAGCAGCAGUCUGGCGAAUAAUGCGGCGGAAACGGAGACGGUCAGCGUGGCGCCUGCUUCUGCUGCGCCACCACCAGUGUUGGUCGGCACGGCCGCGAAGAGGGCAAGUGUGGUGGAGCGGCGAUGA